AUGUCUCUAUCAUACAGGUACGCGGCACAGCGCUGCGCGCGCCAAUUGCGAUCUGCCGGUUCCUUCCGAUACGCCGCGCCGAUAGUCUCGACCCCUAGGCGAUGGAACUCGACCGAGGCCGCUGCCGCUCCCGAGAACCCCAAGAUUGCUGCUAUCGUCGACCAGAUUAGCCAGCUCACCCUCCUAGAGACUGCGGAUCUCGUUUCUAGCUUAAAGACCCGACUCAACCUUCCCGAUGUCCCAAUUGGUGCCUUCGCUGCCGGCCCUGCCGCGGGCGCUCCAGCGGCAGCUCCCGCUGCUGAGGAGGCGGAAGAGGAGGCCCCUGCUGCUGCCGAGAAGAGCGUCUUCACCCUCAAGCUGACCGGCUUCGAAGCGACUUCCAAGCCCAAGGUUAUCAAGGAGAUCAAGAACCUUCUCGGUCUCAGUCUAGUGGACAGCAAGAAGUUCGUGGAGAGCGCGCCCAAGGUGAUGAAGGAGAACGUGCCCAAGGAUGAGGCCGAAAAGAUCAUCGAGACCCUCAAGGCGCUCGGUGGCACCGUGACGAUGGAGUAA